ACGUCACAAGGCUACGUCGCUCUCCUGCGUUUGUAAUUCGGCUGAAGAAAGUUUACCAGGUGAAGAACCUUAGAUCCAUGUGAUACACGAUUAUCAAGAUGAUGUUUAUUAAAGAGGAAAGUGAAGACUUCAGGAUUGAAGAAGUAUUCAGUCUGAAACAAGAAGAGACUGAGGAACAAACAGACCUGAUUGAGGAGAGUCAAGAGCUGAACAAUUUGGAAAAGAAAAAGCAGAAUGAGAAAGAUCAUGAUUUAAAAAUUGGAGAAAAGAUGGAAUCCAACAGUUUUUUAAUCUGCCGUCUUUGUGGAAAGAGUUUCAAUCGAAAACAAAACCUUACGCUCCACAUGAGAGUCCAUACUGGAGAAAGACAUUUUAUCUGUAAACAGUGUGGAAAGAGUUUCACUCAAAGUGGAAACCUUAAAAUUCACAUGAGAAUUCACACCGGAGAAAAGCCUUAUACUUGCUCUCAGUGUGGACAGAGAUUUACAAAUAAAGGCAACUUAAUUUACCACAUGAGAACUCACAGUGAAGAGAGCUUGUUCACCUGCCCACAGUGUGGGAAGAAUUUCCCUCAAAAACAAAACCUGGCAACCCACAUGAGGAUUCACACUGGAGAGAAGCCUUACAUUUGCACUCAGUGUGGAAAGGGUUUUACUCAUAAAAGCAACCUUAAUUACCACAUGAGUACUCACAGUGGAGAGAAGCCUUAUACUUGCUCUCAAUGUGGACAGAAAUUUGCAAAUAAAGGCAACCUUAAUUCCCACAUGAGGAUUCACUCUGGAGAGAAGCCUUACACUUGCCUUCAGUGUGGAAAGAGUUUUGCUCAUAAAUCCACUCUUAAUAAACACAUGUUAAGUCAUACAGGAGAGAAGCGGUUUGCAUGUGCUCAGUGUGGAAAGAGUUUUGCUCAUAAACACACUCAUAAUAACCACGUGAGAAGUCACACAGGAGAGAAGCGGUUUGCAUGUGAUCAAUGUGGAAAGCGCUUCGCAACAGAACUAAGCCGUAGAUACCACAUGACCAUUCACACCGGAGAGAAACGGUUCAUAUGUGGUCAGUGUGGAAGGAGUUUCACACAUAAAGUAGGCCUAAAUUACCACAUAAGGACUCAAUCAGGAGAAAAAUGUUUUAUAUGUCAUCUAUGUGGAAAGAGUUUUAGUCUUGAAUGUGGUAUAAAAAUUCACAUGAGAAAUCACGCUGAAGAGAAUUCCUUCACCUGCAAAUCUGAGUGAACGUUCACCGCUGCUGAGUGUGAACCAAAUCUGAUUGUACACCACCUUUUAUUUUCAUCAUUCACCUCUAUCUACAUUAUCCACCUAUGUUAUCUUGAGGCUACAUCUGACCAUCUCCUUUGCUGUAGUUUCAAGCAUUUAUAUUUACAUUUAGUCCAAAUGAACUUAGAAAUUUUGUAAGCAACAUUUAUUUAAAUAAAGAAUUGAAUAGAAAAGGAA